AUGAAAUUCUUGUUAUUGAAAGUAUUUUUUGGCUUUGUUACUGCUUCAACGCUAAAUUUUUGCACAGAGAACUCGAGAAAACUUUUCAAUUAUCGAGUGAUCGGCGGAUGGAGUGCGAAUGCGAGCGCCCUUCCAUUCUACGCACUUCUCUUCUCCUCAAAUCUGAAUGGUUACACGGAAAUGUGCGGUGGAACAAUCCUUAAUGAGCGAUGGAUUAUGACGGCAGCUCACUGUUUACCAGAAGACUUAUCUAAAUCAUCAGCUCGAGUGGGAUUGAAAUCGAUCAACGAUUUUCGACAGAGUGUCUCAAUAAUGAGAACUGUUAUUCAUAGAGGGUUCACGCUGGAUUCCGCUACAAAUGACAUUGCAUUGCUAAAGACACGAACUCCGAUCAUCUUUGAAAAAGGAGUUAGUACUGUGUGUUUGACUCGAGACGAUUCAGCCAUCAGCCGAUCUGGUAAAACAGGAGUUGUUGCCGGUUUCGGGAAAUCGUUGGAAAAAAUCCCCCUCGGCUUCCAGUACACAAAUGGGCCAUCGAAUGUGCUGAAAACGACCACUCUGCCCAUUCAGGACACGAAAACUUGCUCACUUGAAUGGUGGAAAGCUUCGGGCGGGAAAACACGGAUCUCAAAUGGAAAUAUUUGUGCUGGAUCUUUGGGACACGGGUCAGCGCCUGGUGAUUCAGGUGGUCCUCUGCUGGUCAAGGAUGAAUUUGGCAAUAUAGUGCAAAUUGGGAUCACUUCCUUUGGCGCCAAUGGUUUCGAAGGAAUCUUAGAUCAAGGACAUUAUCCAGGGGUCUACACCCGAGUUUCCUCGUACAUUCCAUGGAUUCUCAAAGUAAUCGAUGAAGAUUCAAAUCAAUCUACCUCAAUUACAGUGAUUCCUGUUUUGUUGUUAUAUUGCUCGGUGGUUAAGACGUGUGUUGAUUGUUUGGGAACAAAUGGAUGCAGCUUCUGUUAUGGAUCCGGCUGUCUGCCUGUGGGCUCUACAUGCAAUUCAAUCUUUCUGAAAACUUCCUACAAUUGCCCAAAGAACUCAAGUGUCGCUUAUGAUGAUGGAUAUGUGCGAAACUCGGUUUUUCCGCUUAUUGGAGCCACAAACGCGAAUACAGAGAUUGAGAUUCUUGCUUGUGCUUCAAAAAUGGCUCCAGAUGCUCAACAUGUUCAGCGAAUCAAUAUUACUUGUGCGUUGAACGUUACGGAAUCGUGUACCGUUGAUCUCUAUUCAUUUCCAUCAAAGAAAUUAAUCGCCGUGGUAUUUCAUGGGUCAAAAACCACACAACAAUAUCUACACCAAGCACAGCAGCUCUUGGGAAAAGUGCCAAUGAAAGAUAUCCAGCUGGGUGGAAAGAUCAUCGAGUACUACUCAUCUGGCUUCGAUUCUUUAUAUAAUCGUGGUGGUUUGAAGACAACACUGAUGACAUUAUUGAGCAAAAACCCAGGGUUUACGGUUCUCGUUGCUGGGCAUUCUCUUGGAGGAGCACUGGCAACAAUCAUGGCGCCGAGUAUUGUGGCUGAAGGAAUUGUUCCGUCGAACUUGAUUCAAUUGAUCACGUCCGGCUCGCCGAGAGUCGGCGAUAUGAGUUUUGGGCAAGCGGUUGAGCGUUUGCUACCGUACCAUUUCCGAGUGGUCAAUCAAAAUGAUCAGAUCCCUGAACUGCCCCCAUUGAACCUCAAUGAUCCGACGGCUCCACAGCAUAUCACUUUUGAAGUAUUCUACAAGAAUGGGAUGUCCAAAGGUUCCCCUUUCACCGUUUGCCAAAUGAACGAAGACCCAACCUGUCGGAACUCGAUUUCUAGCGCGAAUCUCUCCGCGCAUGCCUCAACCUCGUUUUCUGAACACUUCUUCACUUCAUACUUCAAAAUGACUCAAGCAGCUAAUGUCUGGCAAUGGCCUCUUCAAGGAAAAGAGGGAGCUGUCAAGGUUAUUGAGGAUAGAAGACACUUCGAGGUUGGACUUGAUGCCACCUACUUCAAGGAUGAGGAUAUCACUGUGAAAGUGAUCGACAACCAGGUGGAGAUCAUGCUCGAGCAUGAGCAGAAGACCAGCCGCUUUGGAAUCGUCAAGAGAACCAUCAACAGAUGCUACCGUCUUCCAGAGGGAGUUGAUCCACGAACCGUUCGCCAUCAUCUCUACAAUAAUGUCCUUUACAUCCGUGGAGACAAACGGUGCAAUCCGUUAUCUAUGGAGGAAUCAACAUUGGAAGUGGGAAUCGAGGAUCUUGGGGAGACGACGAACAGCCUGGAAACGAUCGCUCAAUUGGAGGAACUCUUGAGACAACUUAAACACGAAAACAAAACUCUUAAAGAGCGAAACAAGCAUCUGAACGAAUGUCUAGAAGAAAGCGAGUCCAAGUUAGACAAGGCCACGAAGGCUUCCGAAGCCGAACAAGAACUGCGAAGGGAGAGCGACCGCUUCCGACUUGAUAAUCGCAAAAAAGAAGAAGAUCUUCAGCGUCUCUCCGAGGACUUGCAAAAGCUACAACGCUCGUACGACGAACUCGAAAAGAAAAACCGGGCAAAUGAAAGAAUGCGUGAAAUGGAGACAGCCAGUUCGCGUUCGGAGUACGGAUCUGUAGGAGGACAUGAGCCUUGUUGUCUACGAGUAGGAGAACUGGAGGAACAACUUGACAGCGCAAACGAGCAAGGCACUAAAUACCGAACAGAAGCCGAAGAAUAUAAAGUGCAAUUUGAAGAAACAUCGAAGCUCCUCAAUGAAUCAAGACAGAGGGUUAAAGUUUUGGAGCAAGAAAAAGAAGAACUAGAAACUCGAUCGCAUACAAUUGAUGAAAAAAAGUCGUUGUUCAAUGAAAUGGCCGACGUAGGCAGUAAUCACGCCUCGCCGACGCGCUCUCAGAUACAAACUCCACCAACAUCACCGAGUGGCAUGCAAUCACUCGAAUUCGAUGAAUCUGUGCAACAAAUAUCACUUUCGGCAGAGCCUGAAGAUGCCGGGGAGCCAGAUGUGUCAGAGGAGAUCGUGCAAGUGCCUUUUGUUUCGUCGUCGGAAUCUCGUCUGCUGAGUCGGGCAACAUUCAAUCAUCGCUCGAAAAGCCGAGUUCAAUUCGUGCUCGUUGUGGUGUUGCUUUUUUUCGUCCUCUACUGCUUUUAUCUUCAUCCGUUGCAAAUGAUCAUAGACGCUACAAAUAUGAAUGAGCUUUAUGAUCGUACUCAAUAUAUU